UCCCUGUGUGCCGGCUUCGGGGAAGCCUCGGGGCCGGGCCCCAUGUCCCUGGGCCCAGGGGAGCUGUGAGGCCCAAGAUUUGGGGAGCAAUGGGGCCAGGCCCCACAUUCCCAGGCCCAGGGGAGCUGUGGGGCCCCAACUAUGGGGGAAUUGUGGGGCUGGGCUCUGUGUCCCCAGAGCCGUGGGGCCCAGGAUUUGGUUGAGCCAUGGGGCGAAGUCCCCAGGCCCAGGGGAGUUGUGGGGCUGGGCGUGAGGAAGCUGUGGGGCCAGGCCCCGUGUCCCUGGACCCGGGGGAGCUGUGAGGCCCUGGCUGUGGGUGCCACCAUCCUGUGGCGAAGAUGCCGGAUCUGCCUUUCCUUCCCUUCUGCGUCCUCCUGGGCGGCCUGGGCUUGCUCUGCGUCGCCUUCGUGGGCGCCUGGUGCCAGCACUGGCGCGGAGGCUUCUCCCUGGACGGCAGCGCCCGCACCUUCAACUGGCACCCGGUGCUGAUGGUGACGGGCAUGGUGGUGCUGUAUGGCGCAGCCGCCCUGAUUUACCGCCUGCCGCCCGCCCGGCGCGGCCCCAAGCUCCCCUGGAAGGUUGUGCACGGCGCGCUGGCCCUGGCCGCGUUCAUCCUGGCCGUGCUGGGGCUGGCAGCUGUUUUUCGCUUCCACAACGCCCACGGCACGCCAAACAUGUACUCGCUGCACAGCUGGCUGGGGCUGGUCACUGUGCUGCUCUUCUCCUGCCAGUGGGCGGCCGGUUUCAGCGCCUUCCUGCUGCCCUGGGCUCCCAACUGGCUCCGCGCCUUCUACAAACCCAUCCACGUAUUCUUUGGUGCCACCGUCCUCAUGCUGUCGGUGGCCUCGUGCGUGUCGGGGAUCAACGAGAAGCUGUUUUUCAGCCUGAAGAACGGGACGACAGAAUACAAGCUCCUGCCGGCCGAGGCUGUGUUUGCCAACACGCUGGGGCUCCUCAUCAUCCUUUUCGGGGUGCUGGUGCUGGGCGCCCUGGCCCGGCCCAGCUGGAAACGCCCCGACACCGACUCCCCGGAGUCUCACCAGCCCCUGCUGACCGCCGAGCGCUGACACCCGAGGACGCUGCUGACCGCUGCGGUGAGGACCUUUUUUUGCCUCUUUUUGGGCCAGUUUUGGCCCCCUGCCUGCUGGAGGAUGCGGGCAGCCGCAGCACGAUGCUCCUGCCCGUGUCCUUGGGCCCUCGCUUGCCCGUUCCUGACGGGUCCAGCUGGUUUUGGGUGCCUGCAGCUCGGCGGGUGCCAAACCGGCUGCCCUGGAGCUGUCCCAGCCUCGCUGGGUCAGAAGCCACCCAAGGAGUGUCCCUGUGCCUGUCAGCACUGCUGUCCCCCUCGCUGGGACCAUCUCAGGGCAGUGGCAGCUUCCCGGGACCCUUACGGACAUGUAAUAAACUGAUGGCUUCUGCAGCG